UUUUAUAAAUAUUAUCAAUUUAUCGAUUCAGACCGCUCAUUCAUUCAUUCACUUCCAAACAGAGAGAGGAGAAAAACUAUGGGCAAGGAAAACGAUAGCGUUCCAUCGUCGGCGCAAGGCUUCAAGCUCGUAGGAUUUUCCAACUUCGUCAGAGCAAAUCCUCGAUCCGAUCUUUUCAAGGUCAAGCGCUUUCACCACGUGGAGUUCUGGUGCACUGAUGCUACCAAUACGGCUUGUCGCUUCUCCUGGGGACUUGGAAUGCCUUUCGUAGCUAAAUCCGAUCUUUCCACUGGCAACGUCACCCAUGCUUCCUAUCUACUUCGCUCCGGCGACCUCAACUUCCUUUUUACUGCUCCCUACUCUCCUACUAUUGCUUCCAUGGAGAACUUUUCGCACACUGCCACCGCAUCUAUCCCAACCUUCAGGCAUGAAGCGUGCCGGAAUUUCUCAGCUAAGCACGGACUUGGUGUUCGAGCCAUCGCCAUAGAAGUUGAGGACGCAGAAAUCGCGUUCAACACUAGCGUCGCGCGCGGCGCCUUACCCAUGGGCGGACCAAUAACGCUCGAUAAUCGUGCUGUUGUUGCGGAAGUUCAUUUAUAUGGGGAUGUAGUUUUGCGAUAUAUUAGUUACAAGAACUCAAACCCUAACCUUAAUGAUUCUAGUCCCGAUAGUUGGUUUCUGCCAAAAUUUGAAUCAGUAGAUGAGGCUUCAUCGUUUCCUUUGGAUUACGGGAUUCGGCGAUUGGACCAUGCGGUUGGAAACGUGCCGGAAUUAGCUCCAGCGGUCUCUUACGUCAAGGAGUUCACCGGUUUCCAUGAGUUUGCGGAGUUCACGGCGGAGGAUGUGGGGACUAGUGAGAGCGGAUUGAACUCGUUGGUUUUGGCGAAUAAUGAAGAGACAGUUUUGCUGCCGCUGAAUGAGCCGGUGUUUGGCACCAAGAGGAAAAGCCAAAUACAAACAUACUUGGAGCACAAUGAAGGAGCUGGUCUGCAGCAUUUGGCGCUUGUGAGUGAAGAUAUAUUGAAGACCUUAAGGGAAAUGCGGCGGAGAAGCGGCGUUGGAGGAUUUGACUUUAUGCCGUCUCCGCCGCCAACAUAUUAUCGGAAUUUGAAGAAACGGGUAGGGGAUGUUUUGACUGAUGAGCAGAUCAAGGAGUGUGAGGAGUUGGGAAUUUUGGUGGAUAGGGAUGAUCAGGGGACCUUGCUCCAGAUUUUCACUAAGCCUGUUGGCGAUAGGCCAACCAUCUUUAUAGAGAUAAUUCAAAGGGUAGGCUGCAUGAUAAAGGAUGAGACGGGGAAAGAAUACCAGAAAGGCGGAUGCGGAGGUUUUGGGAAGGGAAACUUUUCAGAGCUAUUCAAGUCUAUUGAGGAAUACGAGAAGACACUUGAAGCCAAACGAAAUGCAGAAGCCGCUACGGCAUGAAUAUGAACUUGGAAUGCCAUCAACCAUUACCAUGUCACUGAAAUAGUGUAGUCGUGCUAUUUAAAUAACAGUGAAACUGAAAAGAUAGAAUAAGAUGAUGGGAAACUUUGUGGUUGUUGGCUGUGUAUAACUUAAUAAGAUUAGAAGCUACUUGUUUGUUGCCUGUGUAAACUCACUAAUUGAUGAAAAUAAUUUAGCUAAUGAUAAUAUAUUGUUGAAGGUGCAAGUGAA